AUGUUCCAUUCGCAAGGAAUACGGCCCAAUUUAGGCUCGAUUUCUGCAUCUGGUGUGUCAAUCCAAAAUUCGUUACAGCACCCACCGUUACCGACAGGCAGCUUACUGUACCGGAAAGUGCAUCCCGAUAAGUCUUGUGGUCGUUGGUCCGAUGCCCACGUGCGUAUUGCUCGUUUCAUCCAUGUUUGUCAAUCGUUGCGACCGGGAUCAUCACACCGGGAUGAUCGUAAACACAUCUCUCCAGGCACCAGUUUCCCUACAACGCCCCAUUCUGUAGUGAGACCAGUUGCACGUCCUGCCCAGCCCCAUCCUUUAAAUUCACGUACCGUUCUGAAUCCAAAUAUUGCACAUCACCCACCUCGUCUGCAUAGUCCACAAAUGUUGUCCGGUCCACGUCAGUGGGAUAGUCUAGUACAUCCAAGACCUUUGAAUCAGCCACCAAUUUCGACUGCCAAUAUGAAUUCGGGAUCAACGAAUACAUCCGUGGAGGAUCUCGAGAAAAAUGCGUUUUGGAACUACAUGAAUAAUGUGAUGGCCAGUCUACCCCCAUCUGAGCUGGUACCAAGCCAUUCUGUGCACGGUACCGAAGCGAUGGACCUAUUCUGGACUUCGGUAUUGCAAAGGUUGGGCAGAUCAGCCAACAGCACGAUUGGUAAAAACAACAACAACAACGCCCAUUUGAAUCUGAAUAACCAUCCCACAAAUCCUAAUGCGUCUAACAAUUGUGGAAAACAGCCAGCACAACUCUACUCCACUUCCAGCCGUACCAACUCCGGUCUCACUUCGUUGUCAUCUGAGCCGACCUUGCCCAGUGCGGAUCACAUUCCACUUCACGGACCGAGACAUGCCCCAUCCAAUCCACCCAUGUUUCCUCACCCAAGUAAUUCCUUGCGGCACGGUUCUCAUUCAGGACCACAUGUUACGCCACAGUUAAAUCAUAUGGACGGGAAUGGUAUUCGACUUGGAUUGGAUAUGAAACGACCACGUCUUGAACCGACAUUGGGUCACUGUGAUCAAACUGCUCAGACUCCGUUUCCGCUUCUUCAGAGGCUGCCGCAUCCGAAUGCCCUAUCCACUAGUGCUCCACCUCAUAACAAGCAGGAUUUACUUGAGGCUGCAGCUAGACUGUUAAAUGGAUUUCAUGCACUUCCUCCGGUUCCUACGGGUGGUGUUAUGCACCAAACAAAUCUUGGUCUGAACGAACCAAGUGGGCCCGAUAGUCUGGACAAAAACCGGUUAAAAAUGGGCGGCGUAGCAUCAAAUCUAGCUCCCAUUCAUCGCUGGUGA